UCUGUUGUCUGGGGAUCCAGGGUGUGGUUAGCCUAGCUUAGCAAUGGAAGCAGGGGGAACUGUAAAGGCCCCACACACCGCCCAGACUGACACCAACAGCCAGCUGCCUUUAUCCGACCACUCUGUUGCCUCUUGUCUGACCCAUUCAGCAGAAAAGUUGCAUUGAACCCACCACCUUGACGUGCUGCCAGCUCCACAGUAGCGUGAAUGUUCUGUGCUUGCGCGAGAUGCAAAUUAGCAGGUGGCGCUAGUGUAUAAAAAAGAUGCUGGACAAGAGGUUCAUGCACGCAACUUAAACCUUCCAACUCUCUGUCUGUCAGUUAUUGGUCGGCUGCAGACGCGUCAUGGUGUCGGAGCUACAGCUGGUCCCUCGAGGCCAGUCGGUGUGUCAGGGAGAUUUGAAGAUUGGCGUCAUGUCGCUCUCUCAGAUCACGCCCACCCUGUUCCUCAGCGGGGCCGACGCCCCCCUCAACGCCGCCCUGGUGUCACAGAAAGGCAUCACCCUGAUCGUUAACGCCACGCUCAACCACGCCUGCCCCGCCUACCAGGGGGUGGAGUGUGUGCGGGUUCCUGUCUCUGACCUGCCCAGCGCCCGCCUCGGAGACCACUUCGACCGAGUGGCCGAGCGUAUCCAUGGCAACCGUGCAGGAGGCACACUGGUGCACUGUGCCGCCGGUAUGAGCCGCUCACCGGCGUUGGUGAUGGCGUACCUGAUGCGUUACAGAGCGGUGACGCUGUGCCAGGCGCACCGCUGGGUCCAGGAGAGCCGACCCUACGUCAGGCUGAACGCCGGCUUCUGGGAGCAGCUGCUGCAGUACGAGAGGAGGCUGUAUGGGAAGAACACUGUCAAGGUGGCAGCAGUGGAAGAGACGGUGCCGCCAUUGAUGCCAGGAACACAGAGAUCGGUGCUGACGCCGCCGCCGCAGCAGAGGAACUGGUUAACACUGGUACCCAGGUCACCGCUGAUGACCCGGACCUCAGUGAUGUCACGAUCACAGGUGAUGACACCUGCAAGCAGGCGAAGAAGAGGAUCCAAACCCAGCAGCAUCAAAGUCUGAGGACUGACAUCAAUGAAAUAAACAAACCUGCUGCCUACAUCACCCACAAUGCAACACGGCCACUCACAGACCCCACACUGAUCUCAGACCAGAGGAUGAGUUUAACUUUGGGGAAUGUUGAGUCUUAGAAUAAGUGCCAUUGACCAAUAGAAAGCUGGCCUGACAGAUCGGUCCUCUGAUUGGAUGGAGAGCAGGACAGUCCAAAAUGGAUGAUGCUGUUGUAGCAAAUCAGCUGAGAGCUAACUGGUAACAGCUAACAGCAACUGUGGCUGGUUCUAUGUACUACAUUCCCAGAUGGCUAGCAUGUUAGCCGUUAGCCUACCAGCUCUUCACACAAGGUCACCAAACCUUCAGCUGUGACUCUGAUGAGAGGACGCAGACGUAAACUCCACUCAGACUCUUCCUGGUGUGACUGUGUCUCUAAUGUUUCACAUUCUGAACACAAAAAUCUGUUAUUUCUUUUGUUUUGUUUUGUAACUCUUUAGUUUUUGGGGCCACAUUUCUGUGAUCAUGUCCUGAAGGAAGGAGGCAGAACAGUUGUUGCUCUGGAUGUAGCUGCAGGAUGACGUCUGUAGCCAACUGAAGUUAGCAUCACUUUAGUUCCUCUGAGAUUAUUGUUCUGUAUUCUGGAUUAUUCUGUGUUCGUCCGGAUAAUAUCUGGAAUGAUUCCAGAUUCAAGAAAGAAAAAACUUCACUUACUCAUUUUUAUGACUGAAUAAACAAACACGUUUCA